UAUUCUUCAUAUCCUCUCAUUUCUAAUCCAAACUAACACCACUCUCCGCCACUACGUUAUUAUGGGGAGACAUGACUCUAACUGCCGCUCUUUCUUGCUCUCUCGCCGCUACUCCCACCUCUUUUUCCGCCGCCGGAGCACGAAUCCACCACCACCGCCGCCGCGACCCGAAUAAUAAUAUUAUUAACAAGAAACGCAUUUUGUCCUCCAAGUUUUUGCAUGGCUCUACCUCAACCACGUGCAUGCCUUUCUUCUUGCGAGGUGGUAACUCUGUUGCAGUUUCCAAUGAUGCUGAUAGGAGUAGUGAAGUCUCUUCUGAGAGCAAAAUGGAAACACUAAAUACAGAAGCUGAUAAGAUUGUUGAUGGCAUGGACUUUGGUGAACUCUGCAAUGAGUUUGAGUGCAUCAGCAGUCCCUUGGUUGAGUCCACAGCGAGACAGCUGGCGCGCGACAUACUCGAGCUGCGCGAGGGAAAUCGAGCACUUGCCACCUUUGCUGUCUCUGUCAAAUACAAGGAUCCUGUGAGGAGUUUUACCGGUCGCGAAAAGUACAAUAGACCGUUAUGGGCAACUGGCGCGUUAGACAAACCAUCAGUGAGUGUGCAGGAAAUGGUAAUGCUAUCAACCAGUAUUUUAAGCAUCAAGUGGACAAUAAGAGGCAAGCCUAAAUCUUUGAUUGGUGGAGUAGGAGGUGAUCUUAUUCUUAGGAUCACUUCCAAAUUCACUCUUAACCAAAUCAGUGGUCAAGUCAUUCAGCAUGAGGAAUUCUGGGAUUUAUCGGCUUCAUCCGCCGGUGCUCAAGCGUUUUUCUGGACGUCACGUGCUCUGUUUGCGACCGCAGAAUCUGUCAAAGACUUGGCUGACAGCGCCAAGGAUCUGAGCAGUAAAUUCUCAACCAAGAAAGAGAACUUGGAGAGCUAUCCAGAUCCCUCUGGUGAUCCAACCAAGUUUUUCCAGAGGGACGACGGCUUUCAACAAGACGCAUACCAGAUCGCGCUACUUCUGGCGGUUAUUUAUUUUGUAGUACAGUUUCUGAGAACAACUCUGUAAAUCUUACCUCCCUUGUUAUCUUCAUGAAGGUCUAUAUAUCACUUCAAAGUGUGAUUAAUUAUCAGCAUAUAUAGUCAGACACAAUGUUGUUUUGUAAGAGCUAUAAAUUUCUCAUUACUCAAAAAAAUAUAUCAAUGUAAAGUUUGAAUAA